CCUGCCCACGGUCAGCCGUACAGCCUGGAAGUGCCGGGUACCUCUACAAAGAACUCAACCUCUUGGUUCUCGGUUUUCUGGUCAGAGUACUUAGGAUAAAGCAGGUUGGGUGGAUGGGCAGUUGGCAGAGAGUGGAUACGGCAGUCAUGGUUUCUGAGCAUGUCACUUCUCUGUCUCAGCCAGUAAGGACAGGCUUAGCCUUCCUGCGUGUAGGGCCUCUGCUGUCCUCUGGUUUCCUGCUCUGUACCUCCCCCUGGCUUCACAGAAUCCUUCCUGAACUAGAGCAGCUUUCGGAUUCUCCGCUGGGCCCUGGGUACACCCGGUCCCUCACUCACACGGGCCAGAACCAGACGCCAGGGACGGUGAGAGGCAAAGACAGACAGGAGAAGAUGCCCGGACAAGAACGCAGAGAUGAAGUUGAACUUCCCAGGUCCCCGCUGGGGUUCCGGAACCCACCCAGUGUCCCACGUUCCACCCACCUACAGCCCCUCUGCUCCUACCAGCCAGGCGACCCGCCCCCGGGGGGCAGGAUGAAGUGACGCCCCCCCCACUGCAAAAGAGGAACCUCUAGGACCUGCUGCAAGAGUUUGGGACCAAGGAGAGGAGAAUGGAUCUUGGUACAGCUGAAGGCACCCGGUGCACCGACCCGCCCACAGGCAAGCCCGCGAUGGCAACCAAGCGCAAAGGCGGCCUGAAGCUCAACGCCAUCUGCGCCAAGCUGAGCCGCCAGGUGGUAGUGGAGAAGGGGGCAGAGGCUGGCGCCCACACCGAGGGCAGCCCACGGAGGCCCCAGGACAAGGAGCGCGGUGGCGCUGAGUCGGGGGUGGCCCGGGCCCCCCGCAGCGAAGAAGACAAGAGGCGGGCGGUGAUCGAAAAGUGGGUCAACGGGGAGUACAGUGAGGAGCCGGCCCCCACUCCCAUGUUGGGGCGGACUGCCCGCGAGGGCCUGGAGCUGCCGCCCGAGGGCGUGUACAUGGUGCAGCCGCAGGGCUGCAGCGACGAGGAGGACCACGGCGAGGAGCCCCCCAAGGAUGGUGGCCCGGCCGCUGAGAAGGACAUGGACAGGGUGGCCUCCAAGGAUGACGGUGGCCCCAGCACCAAGCAGGCGUCAGGAGAGGCCUCCGCCCUGCGGGACUACGCGGCCACCACCAUGACCGAGUUCCUCGGCAUGUUUGGCUACGACGACCAGAACAUGCGGGACGAGCUGGCCAGGAAGAUCAGCUUCGAGAAGCUGCGGGCCGGCCCCACACCCGAGGCGGCCACCUCCUCCACGCUGCCCGCCGCGGAGGAUGCGCUCAGCAAGCGGGCUCGUUUCUCCAAGUACGAGGAGUACAUCCGGAAGCUGAAGGCGGGCGAGCAGCUCUCCUGGCCGGCCCACGGCACGAAGGCGGAGGAUCGCGUCGGCAAGGAGGCAGUGGGCCCCCUGCCCGGCCUGCGGCUGCCCAGCAACACCGCGCACCUGGAGACCAAGGCCACCAUCCUGCCGCUGCCCUCGCACGGCAGCGUCCCCAUGCAGAGCCUGGCGGCCCGGGCCUCCAAGUACGACUUCUUCAUCCAGAAGCUGAAGACGGGCGAGCACCUGCGGCCCCAGAACGGGAGCACCUACAAGAAGCCGUCCAAGUACGACCUGGAGAACGUCAAGUACCUGCACCUCUUUAAACCCGGGGAGGGCAGCCCGGACAUGGGCGGGGCCAUCGCCUUCAAGACCGGCAAGGUGGGCCGCCCCUCCAAGUACGACGUCCGGGCCAUCCCAAAGCCGGGCCCUGCCAAGGUGCCGCCUGCUCCCAGCCUGGCGCCUGCGCCCCUCGCCAGCGUGCCCAGCGCCCCCAGUGCCGCCGGCCCAGGGCCCGAGCCGCCCGCCUCCCUGCCCUUCAGCACUCCCGAGUACCUGAAGUCGGCCUUCUCCAAAACGGACUCCAUCACCACGGGGACCGUCUCCACUGUCAAGAACGGAUUGCCCACAGAUAAACCAGCUGUCACCGAAGAUGUAAACAUUUACCAGAAAUAUAUUGCCAGGUUCUCCGGCAGCCAGCACUGCGGCCACAUCCACUGUGCCUACCAGUACCGCGAGCACUACCACUGCCUGGACCCCGAGUGCAACUACCAGCGGUUCACGAGCAAGCAGGACGUGAUCCGGCACUACAACAUGCACAAGAAGCGGGACAACUCGCUGCAGCACGGCUUCAUGCGCUUCAGCCCACUGGACGACUGCAGCGUCUACUACCACGGCUGCCACCUCAAUGGGAAGAGCACCCACUACCACUGCAUGCAGGUGGGCUGUAACAAGGUGUACACAAGCACGUCAGAUGUGAUGACCCAUGAGAACUUCCACAAGAAGAACACCCAGCUCAUCAACGACGGCUUCCAGCGCUUCCGAGCCACCGAGGACUGUGGCACGGCCGACUGCCAGUUCUACGGGCAGAAGACCACCCACUUCCACUGCAGGCGCCCUGGCUGCACAUUCACCUUCAAGAACAAGUGUGACAUCGAGAAGCACAAGAGCUACCACAUCAAGGACGACGCCUACGCCAAGGAUGGCUUCAAGAAGUUCUACAAGUACGAGGAGUGCAAGUACGAGGGCUGCGUGUACAGCAAGGCCACCAACCACUUCCACUGCAUCCGCGCCGGCUGCGGCUUCACCUUCACCUCCACCAGCCAGAUGACCUCGCACAAGCGUAAGCAUGAGCGCCGGCACAUCCGCUCCUCGGGCGCGCUGGGGCUGCCGCCCGCGCUGCUGGGCGCCAAGGACACCGAGCACGAGGAGUCCAGCAACGACGACCUGGUGGACUUCUCUGCCCUGAGCAGCAAGAAUUCCAGCCUCAGCGCCUCCCCCACCAGCCAGCAAUCCUCUGCCUCCCUGGCUGCUGCCACGGCCGCCGCCGAGGCCGUGCCCAGCGCCACCAAACCUCCCAACAGCAAGAUCUCGGGGCUGCUGUCCCAGGGCCUGCCCGGCUCCAUCCCGCUGGCGCUGGCCCUCUCCAACUCAGGCCUGCCCACCACGGCACCAUACUUCCCCACUCUCCCCGGCCGCGGGAGCGCCUCCCUGCCUGUGGGCACCCCCGGCCUCAUGGCCGCCAUGUCAUCGGGGGCAGUGGCCUCGGCAACCGCUGACACACCCACUCUGGCCACCUCGGGAGCUGGCGACUCAGCCCCAACCGCUGCCACCUCUGUCUCUGCGCCCCCCGCCUCCAUCAUGGAGAGGAUCUCCGCAAGCAAGGGCCUCAUCUCGCCCAUGAUGGCCAGGCUGGCUGCAGCCGCACUCAAGCCUUCUGCCACCUUUGACCCAGGAAAUGGGCAGCAGGCCAGUCCCGCCAGGUUCGCCCCGGCCCCGCUGAAGCAGGAGCCCGGGGAGAGUGCUGGCGUCCCAGGGCCCCUCGAGGGCUCCCACGACCGCAGCCUGGACCUGACAGUGAAGGAGCCCAGCAAUGAAUCAAAUGGCCACGCAGUCCCGGCAAAUUCAUCUCUUUUAUCCUCGCUUAUGAAUAAGAUGUCUCAGGGCAGCCCCAACCAUGGCAGCCUGUUGAACAUCAAGACGGAAGCAGAGGGGAGCCCCGCCGUGGAGUCCUCGCCCUUCCCGGGCAAGGCCGCGAAGGCGCUGGUGCAGGAGAAGCUGUCGGAGCCCUGGAAGGUGUACCUCCGCAGGUUUGGUACCAAGGACUUCUGCGACGCCCAGUGUGACUUCCUUCACAAGGCCCACUUCCACUGUGUGGUGGAAGAGUGUGGCGCACUUUUCAGCACCCUGGACGGGGCCAUCAAGCAUGCCAACUUCCACUUCCGGACGGAGGGAGGAGCCGUGAAAGGAAACUCGGAGGCUUCCUUCGCAGCCUCAGCUGCUGAGACCAAACCUUCCUUGGCCCCCACGUCCCCUCCGGCGCCUCCCAUCACCACGGCCACGGUCUCCUCUCUGGAGGGGCCGACCCCCAGCCUGGCCGUGGUGCCCUCCACCCCCACCCUGCUCGCCUGGAAGCAGCUGGCUUCCACCGUCCCGCAGAUGCCUCAGAUUCCAGCGUCCGUGCCUCGCCUGCCCACUUCGCCCUUGGCAACGACCUCUCUAGAGAAUGCCAAGCCCCAGGUCAAACCGGGAUUCCUCCAGUUCCAGGAGAACGAUCCUUGCCUGGCGACGGACUGCAAGUAUGCCAACAAGUUCCACUUCCACUGCCUCUUUGGGAACUGCAAGUACGUCUGCAAAACUUCCGGCAAGGCCGAGUCCCACUGCCUGGACCACAUCAACCCCAACAACAACCUGGUGAAUGUGCGCGACCAGUUUGCCUACUACUCCCUGCAGUGUCUCUGUCCCAACCAGCACUGCGAGUUCCGGAUGCGCGGGCACUACCACUGCCUCCGGGCCGGCUGCUACUUUGUGACCAACAUCACCACCAAGCUGCCGUGGCACAUAAAGAAGCACGAGAAGGCCGAGCGGCGGGCAGCCAACGGAUUUAAGUACUUCACCAAGCGCGAGGAGUGCGGCCGGCUAGGCUGCAAGUACAACCAGGUGAACAGCCACUUCCACUGCAUCCGAGAGGGCUGCCAGUUCUCCUUCCUGCUCAAGCACCAGAUGACCUCCCAUGCCCGGAAGCACAUGCGGCGGAUGCUGGGGAAGAACUUCGACCGGGUGCCCCCCUCCCAGGGCCCCCCGAGCCUGAUGGACACGGAGACAGACGAGUACAUGGAUUACACCGGCUGCAGCCCGGGCGCCGUGUCCUCGGAGUCGUCCACCAUGGACCGGAGCUGCUCCAGCACCCCUGUGGGCAAUGAGAGCACCGCGGCCGGGAACACCAUCUCCAUGCCCACAGCCUCCGGGGCCAAAAAGCGUUUCUGGAUCAUCGAGGACAUGUCGCCGUUUGGGAAGCGGCGCAAGACGGCCUCCUCACGCAAGAUGCUGGACGAGGGCAUGAUGCUGGAGGGCUUCCGGCGCUUCGACCUCUACGAGGACUGCAAGGACGCAGCCUGCCAGUUCUCACUCAAGGUCACUCACUACCACUGCACGCGGGAGAACUGCGGCUACAAGUUCUGUGGGCGCACACACAUGUACAAGCACGCGCAGCACCACGACCGUGUGGACAACCUCGUGCUGGACGACUUCAAGCGCUUCAAGGCCUCGCUCAGCUGCCACUUCGCGGACUGCCCCUUCUCGGGCACCAGCACGCACUUCCACUGCCUGCGCUGCCGCUUCCGCUGCACCGACAGCACCAAGGUCACGGCGCACCGCAAGCACCACGGCAAGCAGGACGUGAUCAGCGCCGCGGGCUUCUGCCAGUUCAGCUCGAGCGCCGACUGCGCCGUGCCUGACUGCAAGUACAAGCUCAAGUGCUCGCACUUCCACUGCACGUACCCAGGCUGCCGCCACACGGUUGUGGGCAUGUCACAGAUGGACUCGCACAAGCGCAAGCACGAGAAGCAGGAGCGGGGCGAGCCCGGCCCCGAGGGCCCCGCGCCCGGCCCGGCCGGCGGCCUGGACAGCUCGCUGUCUCUGGGCACCGAGCCUGGGGGCUCCCUGCUCUUCUUGCAGACGGCUGCCGCCGGCCUGGGCCUGGGGCUGGGCGAUGCGGGCGAGCCCGCACCACCGGAGGGCCCGGUGCCCCGCGAAGGCCCCGCCGCGCCCCCGCCCGGUCCCAGCCCCGCGGCCGGAGAGUCGUCACAGGAGGACGAGGAGGAGAUGGAGCUGAACGAGGAGGAGGCGGACGACGACGAGGAGGACGAUGAGGAGGAUGAGGAUGACGAGGAGGAGGAUGAGGACGACGACGACGAAGAGGACGACGAGGACCUGCGCACCGACUCGGAGGAGUCGCUGCCCGAGGCCGGGCCGGGUUCGCGGAGCCCGGAGCGGGUGGCCCUCGGAGCGCCCGCAGUCCCCGCGCCCCCCGCGCCCGCCGCUGCCGCCUCGCCCUAGCAGCCGGGCUGAGCGGGGACGGCCACCCGCCCUGAGGGCUCACCCCUUUGUUUAUUAUUGUUAUUAUUAAUUUUGUAAGAAAUGGUAUUUAUACGUCAAGCUUCCCUCUGUACAGAGCUAGAUGUUCGUUGUGGUUCCCGUGUGAGGGGUGGGGCGCUCCGGCUCCGGGCUCGGCCCCCCCGCCGCCCCGCCGGUGCUUCCGGACCCCGAGUCCGUCUCAGGGCAGAGGCGGGGCCCCCUCUGGUGCUCCGGGGCCGCCCCCGCGCCCGCUGCCCGCGCAGCUCCGCGGCUGGAAAGACAGGCUGCCAAGCACACCUUUCUAGCUGCAGCUCGGGGAUCUUCUUCAGGGAAAUAGAAGGUGCUCUUGUCCCGGGUGGGAGAGGGGAGCAGGGGUCCCCGAGGGUGAGGCGGGCACAGACCCCCGGCAGCUGCCCCCAGCGACCCUCCCCGAGGCCGGACCCCGGGCCCCACGCCCACGCCAGUGGGAUUCCUCAUUGCUCAGGACGGGGACGGGCGCUGGGGGUCCCAGGGACCCCCGCCCCUAACCACCAGAGGCGGCCGGCACUUGUGGCAUCUGGUAGGGCCCGGUCACACAGCUGAGGCCCACCCUCCUUGCUGUGGGGGCGGGCGGGGCAAGGACGGUUGCCCAGGGACACUACAGGGACCGCGGAGGAGACCUCGUGCCAGGAGCAGAGCCAGGAGCCCCGGGGUCACCCUGUCCCCACUGCGCGGCCUGCUCCAGUACCUGCUCCCGAGGGCUGGGGACGGACUGGGCGCCCUGGGCCUGCGUGCCCCCCACACACCGGAGAGCUGGGCUGGGUGCCCACCCACCCAGGUCUCAGCGCCCCAGGUGGUGGGAGCAGGAAAGAUGCGACUGGCUGGGGCGUUACUGUUCAAAAUGGAAAAAAUGCGAGAAAGUUGUACAGUAUUUUUCCCCAUCAAGGUUAUUACUCUACACAGAACAAAGAGGAAGCGAAGCAGGUGGGAGGUGAGGGCGGGGCCGCCUGCCCCUGGCCCUGCGCUGCGGGGCCGCGUGGAGCGCAGCGCCCCGAGUGGGAGGUCUGCACUGGCACUGCUGGGGGCCGCGGGGUUCCAACUCCUAACUUGAAUUUUGUAGAGGCAAGAUAAGAGGACUUUUACUGUUGAAGCAAGUUCGUAGUUAAUUUAACAUUUGAGUUUUUCUCUAUUGGUUAUGCGUGUGGCUUUACAGGGCUGUUCCCCCACCGCCCCUCCCCCACCCCGUGUUUUAUUUUGUUUGGGAUGCUUCAUUGUUGAUGCGCCCCACCCAGGUUGGGUUCCCUUUUCAAAACCGCCCCGCUCCCGGAGACGAUGAGGUCACAAAGCCCAGAGCGGCCGCCUGACAGGCACACACACCUGGCCGUGGCUAUGAGGGUGACAGGGACGCGGGGUGGGCAGCCCAGGGCCCCUCCUGCUCACCUCCUCUGCACUCCAGGCCACCAGCGGAUCUCAGUGAGAGGUCCUCGAAGUGGACAUCUGGACCCUGAGACUCUGGCCACAGGGAGAGAGCAAGGCCCAGUCUUGGGGAGGGCCUGUCACCCAGAGCCACAUCCCUACAGGUCUCUACGGGGAGCCCUGUUCACCUGGGGGGCAGUGGUGUCCUUCCCCUUUUUCUUUCCUUUUUCUUUUUGUUUUGUUUUUGUCUUCUUGGCUGCCCACAGCCAGAGAGCCAGGACCAUCGAAACUGGAGAGGGAGCAGGGGGGAGGAGGGGUCGGACGGAGCGUCCCCGGUUCAGCAGGAAGCAGCCUUUCGACACAGCCCCCACCAGGGCCUCCUGAAUCCCGCGGGCACCCCACGCUGCUGCUGCUGCGCGCUCGCCCAGACUGUGUGCCCAACCACAGAACCCAGGAGUCUGUGGAAGGAGUUUUGUAAAGGAAAAAAUUCAAAAAAACAAAAACAUUUUUCAAUGUAGCAAAAUCAAACAAAAAAAAGAAAGAAAAAAAAGAAGACGCCCACAGUGCGAAGUCUAGCCUUUUGUAACCUUCAUAUUGCACACUAGGACUAUAAGCCAUUGCUAGCUCAUUUUGAAUUUUAAUGUGUAAUUUUUGUUUUAUUUUCUUUCUGUGGGGAAAACAAUGCUUGAUCCACCAAUGCUCUUUUUAAUGUUUUAUAACUAUGUAUGUGUAUAUAUAUAAAUAUAAAAUAAUAACGUAUGCACAUGUGUGUAUAUAUCUAUAUGUAUAUACAUAUAUAGAUAUAGAGAGAUAUAUAGAGAGGUUUUGAGACGCAAAUGCAGAACGUGAGAACCGAACUGAACAGCGUGUGCUCUGAUUACUUGAAUCUGGUCUCCUCGGCACCUGGUUAUUAAGAACUGAAUAUUUUUCCACUUGAAUUUAGUGCUAUUAGAAAUUUAAUAUAUGUGUUUUAUUUAUUUGAUUUUUUUUUGCAUGACUGAUGCAAGGUUUGACAUUUUCACUCAAUAAAAACUGGAAAAA